GCAGCCACCGCCACCAUGACGCACCAAUACCCCGCGCUGACGGCCGAGCAGAAGAAGGAGCUGUCGGACAUCGCGUUGCGUAUCGUGGCCCCCGGCAAGGGCAUCUUGGCCGCCGAUGAGUCCGUAGGGAGCAUGGCGAAGCGCCUCAACCAGAUUGGGGUGGAGAACACGGAGGAGAACCGCCGGCUGUACCGCCAGAUCCUCUUCAGUGCCGACAGCCGGGUUAAGAAAUGUAUCGGGGGGGUCAUCUUCUUCCACGAGACCAUGUACCAGAAGGCUGACGACGGCACCCCCUUCGUCCAGAUGAUCAAGGACAAGGGCAUCGUCGUGGGCAUUAAGGUGGACAAAGGCGUCGUGCCGCUGGCCGGGACGGAUGGCGAGACCACCACGCAAGGUCUGGACGGGCUGUCGGAGCGCUGUGCCCAGUAUAAGAAGGAUGGGGCCGACUUCGCCAAGUGGCGCUGCGUGCUGAAGAUCAGCGACAACACCCCCUCCGCGCUCGCCAUCAUGGAGAACGCCAACGUCCUGGCCCGCUACGCCAGCAUCUGCCAGCAGAACGGCAUCGUGCCCAUCGUGGAGCCGGAGAUCCUGCCUGAUGGUGACCACGACCUCAAGCGGUGCCAGUAUGUGACGGAGAAGGUGCUGGCAGCUGUCUACAAGGCACUGAGCGACCACCACGUCUACCUGGAGGGGACCCUGCUGAAGCCCAACAUGGUGACCCCCGGGCACUCCUGCCCCACCAAGUACAGCCCCGAGGAGAUCGCCAUGGCCACUGUCACUGCCCUGCGCCGCACUGUACCCCCAGCCGUGCCAGGUGUCACCUUCCUGUCCGGGGGUCAGAGCGAGGAGGAGGCUUCCAUCAACCUCAACGCCAUCAACACGUGCCCGCUAGUGCGGCCAUGGGCCCUCACCUUCUCCUACGGGCGGGCGCUGCAGGCAUCGGCGCUCAGCGCCUGGCGUGGGCAGCGGGACAAUGCCACCGCCGCUACCGAGGAGUUCGUCAAGCGCGCAGAGGUGAACGGGCUGGCAGCGCUGGGCAAGUACGAGGGCAGCGGGGACGACUCGGGGGCCGCCGGGCAGUCCCUCUAUGUGGCCAACCAUGCCUACUGA